GUGGGUUGGAUGAGAUGUGCAUCCAUUUGGGUUGGGCCGUUUGCCAAAGGGAAUUCACUAAAUGCUGAAUGGCACUUUCAGCCAUCGCCACUGUGACUCGUCACUAUGGUCGCUGCUCACCAUACUCAUUUUCUUCUUCUCCUUUGAUUCACAUUACGCGUACCAGAAAACUAGUCACUAGAAGAGUAUCUCUUCCUACCAGAAUGUCUUCCUUUAAACCCAUCUCACCGCCACCGCAAAACCAUCCUUCGACUGAGAACAAUCUCACGGCACCCUAUGGCUCUUGGAAGUCACCCAUCACUGCUGACAUCGUCUCUGGCUCCAGCAAACGCCUCGGUGGCUUUGCAGUCGAUUCAGUUGGUCAUCUUUUCUGGCUAGAAUCACGCCCUACAGAGUCCGGACGAGCGGUUAUUGUGAAGGAACCAGGGAAACCAGGGGAAGACCCCGUAGAUGUAACACCUACGGAUUUUGCUGUGAGGACGUUGGCUCAGGAGUAUGGUGGUGGUGAUUUUUAUAUAUCAGGAGACUCUUUAAUCUUCUCUAAUUACAAAGAUCAGAGACUUUAUAUACAGUCCAUUUCGUCCACAGAUUCUGCUCCAUUGCCACUCACUCCAGAUUAUGGUGGACAAAGUGUAUGCUAUGCUGAUGGAGUGUUUGACUCUCGAUUUAACCGUUAUGUCACAGUGAGAGAAGAUCAACAUGAAAGUGGUAUUAAUGCGAUUACCACAAUUGUAUCUGUCAAUCUGAGCAAUAACAGCGCUCAAGAACCAAGGCUAUUAGUUGGGGGCAAUGACUUCUAUGCUUCUCCUCGAAUCGAUCCCAAAGGGGAACGUAUGGCAUGGAUUGAAUGGGGUCACCCAAAUAUGCCAUGGGACAGAUCAGAGCUUUGGGUUGGCUAUAUAUCAGACAAUGGGGAUGUGCAGAAACGUAUUUGUGUUGCUGGCGGUGAUCCUAUUCUUGUGGAGUCUCCAACUGAACCCCGAUGGUCUUCUCAAGGAGAACUAUUCUUUGUAACCGACAGGAAAAGUGGGUUUUGGAAUAUCUACAAAUGGGUAGAAUCUUCUAACGAGGUGUUACCAGUUUACUCCCUCAAUGCUGAGUUUACAAGACCCUUAUGGAUAUUUGGGAUGAAGUCUUAUGACUUUCUUGAGCACCACAGCCAAAAUACUUUAAUUGCCUGCAGUUACAGGGAGAAUGGGAAGUCAUAUCUCGGAGUUCUGGAUGUUACCCAGGGCAAAAUAUCAGUGCUUGACAUUCCUUUCACAGAUAUAAACAACAUCAGUUCUGGGGUUCAUAGCUUGUAUGUUGAAGGAUCAUCUGCUGUUCAUCCAUCGUCAUUAGCUAAGAUUACUUUGGAUGAUCAGAGAACAAAAGCAAUUGAUUUCAAGAUUAUGUGGUCGUCAUCAUCUAUUAGUGAGAUGUAUACGUCGUACUACAGUUGGCCUGAGUUGAUGAAGUUCCCAACAGACAUCCCGGGUCAAAGUGCAUAUGCAUACUUUUAUCCACCAACAAACCCCAACUAUCAAGCCAGUCAUGGAGAAAAACCUCCAUUGCUCAUGCGAAGUCAUGGAGGUCCUACAGCUGAAGCACGGGGAUGUUUAAAUCUUAGUGUUCAAUAUUGGACCAGUCGUGGUUGGGCAUAUGUGGAUGUGGAUUAUGGUGGAAGCACUGGUUAUGGCAGAGAAUAUCGAGAAAGACUGUUGGGAAAAUGGGGAAUUGUGGAUGUCAACGACUGUUGCAAUUGUGCCAUGUUUUUGGUUGACAGUGGAAGGGUUGACGGUGAAAGACUUUGUAUUACGGGGAGUUCCGCUGGUGGUUAUACAACAUUAGCUGCACUAGCAUUUAAAGAUGUUUUCAAGGCUGGAGCUUCCUUGUAUGGUAUUGGUGAUCUGCAAUUGCUGAGAGCAAAAACUCACAAGUUCGAAUCUCACUAUAUUGACAAUCUAGUUGGGGAUGAGAAGGCAUAUUUUGAGAGGUCGCCAAUCAAUUUCGUAAAUCACUUUUCCUGUCCCAUUAUUUUAUUUCAAGGACUGGAGGACAAGG